AUGAGCCCUAAGUAUCACAUCUCUUUAGAGUUAAAUCACAUGAGCCCCAAGUAUCAUAUCCCUUUAAAGUUGAAUAGUAUGAGCUCUAAGUAUCACAUCUCUUUAGAGUUAAAUCAAAUGAGCCCCAAGUAUCAUAUCCCUUUAGAGUUAAAUCACAUGAGCCCCAAGUAUGACAUCCCUUUAGAGUUAAAUAGUAUGAGCCCCAUGUAUCACAUCCCCUUAGAGUUAAAUCAUAUGGGCCCUAAGUAUUAUAUCCCUUUAGAGUUAAAUAGUAUUAGUCUUAAGUAUCACAUCCCUUCAGAGCUAAAAAAUAUGAGCCCCGAGUAUCACAUCCCUUCAGAGUUAAAAAGUACGAGCCCCGAGUAUCACAUUCCUUUCAGAGCUAAAAAAUAUGAGCCCGAGUAUCACAUCCCUUCAGAGCUAAAAAAUAUGAACCCCGAGUAUCACAUCCCUUCAGAGUUAAAAAGUACGAGCCCCGAGUAUCACAUUCCUUUCAGAGCUAAUUAUUAUGAGCCUCAAGUAUAA